CCCACUAUGACCUGCUGACAUCACCAGGCCCCGCCCCCUCCCCUCAACUCCCCCUCCUCUUUCCUACAAAAUGGCUCCGACCAAUCGGCUGUCGCCGCGGCGGACGUCGCCAACGUCGCCACCGCUGAUGCUUCUCGCCCUCGCUUCCUGUUUCCUGUCGGAGUCGGCCGCGACCACGCCCUUCCCCAAAGACCUGGAGCCAAUCAACGUCGUCCACUCCGAGCAGUCCUACCAGUUUCCAGGGUUUCAGGGUCUUCUUCAGGACAACGAUACGUUGCGUCUGGGUCUGGACUUCCAGAGGCUGCUACGCAUCAACCACAUGUUGUACAUCGCUGCCAGAGAUCACGUGUUCGCCGUGAACUUGACGACGGCUUCAGACCACUUCACCCCUCAGCUGAAGCUGACGUGGCGCUCCAAAGACGUCAGCAAGUGUACAGUCAGAGGGAAGAACAGCGACGAGUGCUACAACUACGUCAAAGUUCUGGUGCCACGAAAUGACGAGACGCUGUUCGCCUGCGGGACCAACGCCUUCAACCCCACCUGCCGAAACUACAAGAUGACGUCCUUGGAGCAGGUCGGGGAGGAAGUGGUCGGUCAGGCUCGCUGUCCCUUUGAGUCCGGACAAUCCAACGUUGGACUGUUCGCUGGGGGAGAUUUCUACUCGGCCACCAUGACGGACUUCCUGGCCAGCGACUCGGUCAUCUACAGAAGUCUAGGAGACGGCCGACCCGUCCUCAGGACCGUCAAGUACGACUCCAAGUGGCUCCGAGAGCCUCACUUCCUGCACGCCAUCGACUACGGCAACUACGUCUACUUCUUCCUCAGUGAGAUCGCAGUGGAGUAUACCGCCCUGGGCAAGGUGGUGUUUUCUCGAGUCGCCCGUGUUUGUAAGAAUGAUAACGGAGGUUCUCCCAGAGUUCUGGAGAGAUACUGGACUUCUUUUCUUAAGGCUCGUCUGAACUGUUCGGUUCCCGGAGAUUCAUUCUUCUACUUCGACAUUCUUCAGUCUCUCACCAACGUUCUGCAGAUCAACCAGAGACCGACUGUGGUCGGAGUCUUCACCACGCAGGCAAACAGUAUCCCCGGCUCAGCAGUUUGUGCUUUCUACAUGGACGACAUCGAGAAAGUUUUCAACGGGAAGUUCAAGGAGCAGCGGACCAGCGACUCUUCCUGGACUCCCGUACCUGACGAGCAAGUUCCCCGGCCGCGGCCCGGGACGUGUGCCGGUGACGGAGCGGCUGCGGACUACAAGUCGUCGGUUCAAUUCCCCGACGAAACGCUGACAUUCAUCAAGUCCUUCCCUCUGAUGGACGAAGCUGUUCCCUCCGUUAACGACCGACCCUGCUUCACCCGGACCGCCAGCAGGUCCAAGCUGACCCAGAUCGUGGUGGACGUGUCGGCCGGCCCCUACAAGGACCGCACGGUGAUGUUCCUGGGCUCGGACGACGGCCGGGUCCUGAAGGUUUUGGCCAGCACGCAUCCCAACGACAGCUUUGGAUCCAAACUGCUGGAGGACAUCGACGUGUACAACCCGUCCAAGUAA